AUGCAAGCCGUCGCAAACCAACCAGUCUCAGUCGCCAUCGACGCCACAGGAAGAGAUUUCCAAUUUUACUGGCAAGGAGUAUUCGAUGGAUACUGUGGAACGGAGCUUAAUCAUGGAGUGGUGGCAAUUGGCCUGCAUUGGCAAAUCAACUCAACCAAAAGCUAUUUUUAUCCAUUAUAUUACUCAAAUCUCAUAAUCACAAUGAUGAAAUUUCUUAUCGUUCCUCUUGUUUUGAUUGCUCUAAUUUUUGGAUUAUGUGAGAGCUUUACAUUUGAAGGGAAUGAGUUAGAAUCUGAAGAGAGUCUAUGGCAUCUUUAUAAGAGAUGGAGUAGCCAUCAUAGAAUCUCAAGAAAUGGAUGGGAGAUGCACUAUCGUUUUAAGGUGUUCAAAGAUAAUGCUAAAUAUGUGUUUAAAGUGAACCAAAUGAACAAAUCGUUAAAGUUGAAAUUGAAUCAGUUCGCUGAUAUGUCUGAUGAUGAGUUUAUUAACACACAUGUUAACUCCAAUAUUACCUAUUAUAAAAACUUACAUGCCAAGAAAAAAGAAGCUGUUGGUGGUGGCCGUGUUGGUGGGUUCAUGUAUGAGCAUGCGGAGGAUCUUCCAUCUUCAAUCGAUUGGAGGAAAAAAGGAGCAGUCACUGACAUAAAAAACCAAGGCGGUUGUGGAAGUUGUUGGGCGUUUGCAGCGGUGGCUGUAGUGGAAGGAAUUCACCAAAUCAAAACCAACAAGCUAGUAUCUCUGUCAGAGCAAGAGGUGGUAGAUUGUGAUUAUAGAGACGGAGGUUGUGGUGGGGGAUUUUAUGACUCGGCUUUUGAAUUCAUGAUGAAAAACAAUGGGAUCACAACUGAGGAAAAUUAUCCCUACUAUGCCGAAAACAGAUAUUGCCUCUCACAGAGAGCUAAUAAAAGAGUGACAAUUGAUGGAUAUGAGAAUGUACCUCCAAACAAUGAGAAUGCUUUGAAGAAAGCUGUCGCAAACCAACCGGUAGCAGUGUCGAUAGCUGCCAGUGGACGACGUUUUCGAUAUUACUCAGAGGGAAUGUUCACUGAAAAUGACUAUUGUGGAGAUCGAAUCGAUCACACAGUGGUGGUAGUUGGAUACGGAACGGAGGAAGAUGGAGCUGAUUAUUGGAUCAUAAAGAACUCAUGGGGAACUAACUGGGGAUUGGAAGGUUAUAUGAAGAUGCAACGAGGAGCACGACAACCAGAAGAUGUAUGCGGAUUGGCAAUGAAUCCUUCCUAUCCCAUAAAGUACUAG